UUACUCUCUCUCUUUCCCUCCUCUCCUCCUUCAGCUUGACUCGUUCUCCUCUCCCAUCUCAUCAAACAACCGUCCCGUCACACUCUGACACAUUGUCAUCGCUCACUCCCGACCCUCGUAUCCUCGUUUCACACUGCGGGUGGGACAGCCGUGUCCUCAACCUUUCCUAGCCGCGCUCUGGCCUCCACCUCAAAGCCUAGUGAGCCUGAAAGGGGCGUUUAUCAGGCGAGCUGAAGUUCCAACCCUGCCAACCUCUUCGGUUAUCGGCCUCUUGGAUAGGCUCGCGACCGGUCAAGCCUUUUUCUCCAUGAUUGUCCUGACGGCGUCUUCCCAUCCAAGCUGAACUUCACCGUCUUCUUUUUUUCCUUGGGUUUCCCUCUCAGGCCAUUGUCAUCAUCGGCCUGUAACUCUAUGGCUGAUUUUGUCAAUUUCCCCAUGUCUGAUGACCACACAAUGGCGCCAUGACGGAGAUUGUCCCCCCUCCCUUUCGUCUGCUCGGUCCCAUGCCUGAGGGCGACUCCGAUAUGCUUUCUCCUACGAAACCCCAGCCAGCCAGCCAGCCAUGCUCCAAUCUGGACUGGGUGCAUCUGAGGCUACUUUGCUUUUGGUUCAGGUUACAGCAGCAAGUCUCCGGAAUUCUAGAUCUGUCGCAUAGCAACAUCACCGACGCAUCACCUCAUUGGUGCCAAACUUUUGCUCUCGUGUCCGUGCGAGGUCACACAGAGGUGCUAUCCGAAGGAAAAGGGCGCAUGAGCCCCAACGAUAUAAUGUCCAUUUUCUCGCCAAACAUCCGGCAGGUAGGUCUGUUUGAUCGAUCUCCUGGCUUUGCUCGAGUAGACUGCGUCGAUAGUACAUUGCAAUACCAGCCCGAAUGAGAAUGUCCUUCCCAAGUCCAUCAGCUGAAGCAUUCUCACAUUGUACUAUGAUGGCACCGCUCCAGGUGAAUCCCGGCCAGUAUACCAAUCUCGAACAUCUUCUGAUCCAUACCAUCUAUGCGCUUUCUUUUUGCAUUCUUCUUUGCAUCCUUAUCCUCUUCCGACAGAUCAGGAGCCAGAACAACCCGUCAGACCUGAGGAAUCACCUAUCAGAACCGGCUCUAGACUCCAAACGAUCGGAUCAGCAUCUGACACACUCGCCGAUUCCUUUGAGUCUACGACUAUCGACAGAACCUUCCCAUCGUCUUCAAGACUCUACUUUGACGCCGUCAGCUCCAAUCACGAGUGGGUAUCUGGCAGCCAAGGCAAAGGUGGACAAGGCGAGAAAGGUGGACUUUGAAAUGAGAGCCAGGGCCCGAAAACCCGACGUCAUGGCAAGCCCAGGCGCAACCAACGACACACGCAGCGUCAUUGACGAGACCGGCUCCUCCUGGAGACGACAUUCCUACCCACAACCUUCGCCUUCGCACCAGAGCAGUUUGCUCAGUGAAGACUGCAAAUUCGAUGGCACAGAGCAUUUCUGCGAUGGCCAAGAUGCUCGAAUAGUGUGGAGGCGACGGACGUUGACGUUCGAGGGAAGGCGUUGAACAUCUAAACCCCAGCCUCGCCUUGCAUUGUGAAGAUACACUUUGAGCUGAGAGGUUCCUGCUCGGCGGGCUCAGCUGGCAUCGAACACCUCCUCAGAGCUCGUCCCCAAUGCUAUCAUGAUACCACGAGGCAAAAGGCGACGUGGCGACAAAAGACAUCGCGCGAGAGACUUCUAAAUUUGACACUGUCCAAAGUGAACUUCGGCUGGACCGGAUAAGCCACCAAGGAUGCAAAAAGUUUGAUAUGAACCGCACUUCGAACACGAAUGGAAAGUUCUUUGGGGAUGGCAAACGGACUAUAUGGAUGCUGGUCUGGAUCAGCACUGUUUGGGUUUGGGAGUUGGGCGCUUUCGGGGGAUCGUCCGAGCAAUAAACGACUUUGUUGGCGCGAGGUGACUUUGCCGAUCAAACACAUACAUAGAUAAUGAUGAUGCGCAAUUGGGCCACGGCGAUGCCAGGAAGGUAGGGAUAGGGAUAGCAAAAGGGAUCCCCUUGCAUCGAUGGUCUGGAAUGAAUGGCAUCACAAUAAUGC